CUGGAUAUCCACCUCUGCCUCUCUCUCUAUCCUAUUGUUGCUCCCCAUUCUCCUCUGCUCCCUCCCCUGCUCUCUUCCUCACUCCUCAGCAGCACCAAGAUCACCUCAGUACCUCACUGCCUGCUUAGCUGAGCACAGCAGCGAUGGCCUCCACCGCCGCCGCCGCCACGUUCCUCUCCACCCUCGCCAGGGCCACCGCCAGCCUAAGCAGCAGCGCCAAGGUCGUCCGGUUCUUGCCCGCCGCGCAGGCCGGCCAGGGGCGGCGGCGCGCCGUGCUGUCCGCGCCGAGGGCGGCGGUCUCGGGCACCGAGAAGGCGCCGCCGCCGCCGUCCGACAAGGGCCAGAGCAAGGACGAGCGCGUGGUGAAGGUGAACAACGCCGAGGAGUUCGACGGCGCGCUCAAGGCGGCCAAGAACCGGCUGGUGGUGGUGGAGUUCGCGGCGAGCGACAACGAGAGCAGCAGCCAGAUCUACCCGACGAUGGUGCAGCUGAGCCGGACCUGCGGCGACGUGGACUUCCUGCUGGUGAUGGAGGACGAGUCGGAGGCGACAAAGGAGCUGUGCCGCCGGGAGGGGAUCACGCAGGUGCCCCACUUCAGCUUCUACAAGGGCGCCGAGAAGGUGCACGAGGAGGAGGCCAUCGGCCCCGAGCGGCUCGCCGGCGACGUGCUCUACUACGGCGACAGCCACUCGGCGGUGGUGCAGCUGCACUCGCGGGAGGACGUCGAGGCGCUCAUCGACGAGCACCGCGGCGACAAGGGCAAGCUCGUCGUGCUCGACGUCGGGCUCAAGCACUGCGGGCCAUGCGUCAAGGUGUACCCCACCGUGGUGAAGCUGUCGCGCUCCAUGGCCGAGACCACCGUGUUCGCGCGCAUGAACGGCGACGAGAACGACAGCUGCAUGCAGUUCCUCAGCGACAUGGACAUCGUCGAGGUGCCCACCUUCGUCUUCAUCAGGGACGGCAAGAUCGUCGGCCGCUACGUCGGCUCCGGCAAGGGCGAGCUCGUCGGCGAGAUCCUCAGAUACAACGGCGUCAGGGUUACCUACUGAAGCUAGCGUCCUAGCUCAUUCAGCACCAGCAAUGAAACAAAGGAAAGGAAAAUUCAAGCGAUACACACAUGAACGGAGAAGAUACAAGAUGUAAAAUUACUGCGACAUCCAUCGAUGAUUGGUCGAUGUUUAGACUGUUUGUUGGGCACCAUUACCAUAAGUGUAUGUUAAUCAGAGUAUUAUCAUAUAGUAAUAGUACAA